UUAUCGAAAAAAUGCCUAUCGUUAUCUGGCCUAAAGUAAACACUCAGUUUAAAUUGGCCAUUUAUUUAUUGUUUAUUUACGCACAUAACAAAGAAGUAUCAACAAUGGCCAGCGGGUCCAGGACGACGAUAUUGCCGCAAUCAAAAGAGGCGCUUUUGAAAUCCUACAAUGCGCGCUUAAAAGAUGACGUUCGCAGCAUGUUGGAGAAUUUUGAGGAAAUCCUCAAGCUGGCGCGCCGUGAGAGUCAUAGUCAGAUUUCAAAGACCACGCAAUGCGAACAGGAUGCUCUGGAAAUGCAAGUCCGCGCGGCCAAUAUGGUUCGCGCCGGCGAGUCGCUUAUGAAGCUAGUGGCUGACCUGAAGCAGUACCUUAUCCUCAACGAUUUCCACUCUGUGAACGAGGCCAUCACAAACAAUUCGCAAUUGUUUAGAAAUACGCAAAGCGAGUGUGACAAAAAGCUAAUGAAACUGCGCGACGAAAUGGCCAUGGAUUUGUACGAUCUGGAGGAGGAGUACUACACCAGCAUAUUUAAGUAGCCCUUAGAGAAGGGUUAACCCAAAUGCUUGUAGUGAUUGUCGCAAAACAAUACAAUUUUAUUUAUGAUCGGUAA